UUCACUGAGGCGGUGACUUGAAAGGCUCGUGGUUUGCAGAGAUUCACCUCGUCUUGAGGGGGCGCGCGGCUCGUCGAGUUUAACAUGAGGAGAUGAGAGAAGCUCCAGUUCAUUCACUGUCAGAUCCUUUCCACGCCGCGGGACCUGCUGAAGUUUGAACCAAACCACUUUUAUAGUCGGGUUUAGAUUGUUCGUCUCUGACUUGUGAAGAGUUUAUCCUUUGAGAGAUUUUUCUGUGGAAAGGCAUGUUCCCCGGCUUCUCGCCGGUUGGAGCAUCUUUGCGGCUCCGGUCGGAAAGGUUUCGCCUGCGCUGGGACACAUUUGGACCACAGGGGAGAUGAGAGCCGCGCUGAUCCACUUUCUCUUCUGCUGCUUCUCCCUGCUUUCAGCAGCCGCUGAGGAAGCACCAAUUCCGCAAGAGCUGAUUGAGAGACUGUCUAACAGCGAGAUCCGCAGCAUCAGCGACCUCCAGAGGAUCCUGGAGAUUGACUUCGUAGAGAAUGAGGUGCUGGAGGACGCUAAACAAGGCCACUAUAAGGAGCAUCUGUAUGAUAGCAGACACCUCAAGAACUCACACUCCAGACGCAAGAGAAGCAUUGAGGAAGCAGUGCCCGCUGUCUGUAAGACUCGCACAGUGAUCUACGAGAUCCCACGCAGUCAGGUCGAUCCCACGGCCGCCAACUUCCUGAUCUGGCCUCCGUGUGUGGAGGUGAGACGAUGCUCAGGCUGCUGCAACACCAGCAACAUGCGCUGCCACCCAUCCAAAAAGCACCACAGGACCGUGAAGGUGGCCAAGGUGGAGUACGUACGCAGGAGGCCGAAGCUCCGGGAGGUGCAGGUGCAGCUGGAGGAUCAUCUCGAGUGCGUCUGCACGUCCAAACAUCACUCAGAGUCCCGCAUACACACGGCAGAUAUAAGGUGAGCAUGGCACUGGAUAAAAGAAAGAGGAGGGCCACCGCUUCCAAUCAGAUAACUCGGACUGCACGACAGCCAUUGAGUGAUAUCAUCUGAAAAGACGAGACGGAUGUGAACUGUUCAACCCUGAGCGAAUCAGGACAGCCUUUUUGGAUCACUUUGGACUUUUGAUGCACCUUUAGAAGGCACCCGCAGAAAGAGACUUUGGUUUUGGAUUAAAACCCAGGGGACUGAAGCACAGCAAACUAGAGACUGCAAGGACAGAGACUCGCAAAAGACGAACUUUGAGUCGCAGACGUCGAAAUUCUGAUUCCAUGAGCUUUUAAAGGAGCAUCUGUCACGACUUUGUGUAUCAAAAUUUAUUUUCUCCAGCAAAUAUCUGUAUCAUCUUAUUCUUGUAACUGCCAGUUUUCUAUCAACACUGAUCUUCUCUUGUAUAUGCCGUAGAAUGAACGAGUACAACAAAACACAAUCUGCAGUAACUAAUACUAAUAAAGUGAAUACAUUUUAUUGUGUUUGUUUGACAGACAACUGUCCCAAAGAUCAAUAUGAUUAUGUGAAUUCAUUACGCCGUGCUAACCAGGAGCA